GGGGAAUGGGCCCGGCACGUGAUUCCGCCGGCCGGUUCACUGGCUGCCAGCUCGCCCGAGCUCCCAGCCGCCGGCCGUGGUUUCGCUGCGAACCUGGAAAAACUGCGACUUUUCCCGAGUACUUUUCCAAUCCUUCACCUCACGCCGACGCAGUAAUUCCCUCGAGCCACCCCGACAGGGUCCAUUGACAAGCCAUUGUCGACCCCCGACUAUCGUAUCAACCCUCCUUUCGCUUUCCGACACCGUCGCCCCAUUUUGCGACUCCCUUCCUAAUGGCCUCGACCGGAGUGAACGUUUUGCGGUGGUCUGCCCUCGGACUGGGCGUCUUUUACGGCUUCACCCACCAGCGAUCCAUCACCAGCGCCCAAAAAGCCGAGCAUGCCAAGCACGAGUAUGAGCAGAAGGAGAAGUUGAUUCAGAGGGCCAAGGCCGAGUUUGCGGCCAAGUCCAACCCCGCCGCCGCAUCAGCAGACGAUGUCAUUACCGACCCUUCGAAUCCCAAGUUCGAUCUCGAGAAGCUGCUGUUGAAGGUUGCCAAGGAGAACCCGUAAAGUUGUGUCUGGACUGUGAAGGGAGGAUACCGACAAGGAGGAGGAGGACGCCGAGAGGACACUGCAACGGUCAGCAUAUCGACCAACCGUGGAGAGCCAAGUCCUGCCGAGGCCUAAUCCGAGUUUCGACCAAGACUCGGUGUAUGAUUUGAGGAUACACGUGGCGGCACUUGCAUAGAGGUUUCCUAGGUCCCUGUUCUACAAUGAGUGAGCAGGUGUACAAUACACAAAAUUAGAUGACAAGUCGCCAAUGGGACCGCGUGUCAUGGUUUCCAUGGAUUCCUGAUUUAACGCUCUAGCUGAU